CUUUGUUUUUUGGUUAGUUAAAAGACCAAAACAUAAGCUAAAGGGGGAGAGAAACAACAACAUAGAACACAAAGUACUAUGUCAGAGAAAAAAACAAUCUCCCGUUCCCAUGUCCGAAAUCAUUCAUGAAGCCACCGGAAAGAUGACACAACUCUGUAGGAAGAUUGUUCAUGUUAACAUCAAGUGGAGUAUAUUUGAAAGGGUAUCGAUUUUUCGAAGAUUUUUCAGGUUCAUUUGGGACAGAAUCCUUGUUUGUUCCAUAGGAAGGCCUGUUCACUACAGGCGGCUGACUCGCCGGGAUUCUCCUCCGGUGGAAGGGGUUCUGAUAGACAACGAGGCCUUGCCGGAAGACCCCCGGACGAUGUGUAAUGGGUAUGAGACAGAUUCGGAUUUGGUUAGUUUGAAGAUCAGUUUGUUAGGUGACUGCCAAAUUGGAAAAACAAGCUUUCUGAUCAAAUAUGCCGGGGAUGAGCAGGAAAGAUGCUUAGAAAUGGCAGGAUUGAAUUUAGUGAACAAAACAUCGUUUGUUCAAGGUGCCAGGAUUGCUUUCAGCAUAUGGGAUGUAGGAGGUGACAGUAGCUCACUUGAUCAUCUUCCAAUUGCUUGUAAGGAUGCGGUGGCAAUUUUGUUUAUGUUUGAUCUCACCAGCCGUUGCACCCUUAACAGUGUUGUUGGAUGGUAUACUCAAGCAAGAAAGUGGAAUCAGACAGCAAUCCCAAUACUAAUAGGGACCAAAUUUGAUGAUUUUGUAAGACUCCCCCCAGAUUUGCAAUGGACCAUUGUCACUCAGGCAAGAGCAUAUGCAAGGGCAAUGAAGGCAACCCUUUUCUUCUCAAGUGCUACACACAACAUCAAUGUGAACAAGAUCUUCAAGUUCAUCAUGGCUAAGCUGUUUAACUUGCCAUGGACGGUCGAGAGAAAUUUGACCAUUGGAGAGCCAAUCAUCGACUUCUAAAACCCUUUUCUUUUUUUCUUCUACUGAUUUUUAUGUACAUAGCCCAAAGAGAAAGGCAAGGAAAAAGAAAGAAAGAAAGCAUCCGUUUCUUCAAUUCUACAGUAGCAAAUUGACCCCACAACCACCGAAAACCAAACUUUGGUCAUUGAUUGUUUGGUUCCUUUCUUUUCAUCUGCUUUACUUUUUCCUAGUUUUCUUUGUAACAUUUUACACUGAAUUCAAAGAUAGCUAAUGAAUCUGAUAUUUCAGGUAACAUAUCUUUGUGUAAAAUGCUUGUAACACACUGAGUCUUUUGAUGCAGAAGAAAAGAAAAAUGAGAACUAUAUACUAAGAUGACUCUCCUUCCUCUCU